UUUCUUUGUCACAUUUCAAUAAUUACAAGUCAAUUAGAGAUAGGAGUGCAACAAGAACAAAAAAAAAUCCUAAUCAAUUGGUUUAAUUGGUUCCAUUUAUGAUUUCUCCCCUCACCACUAACCACCUGGACCCAAUGGUUCUUUCCUUCCGCCUCUCUCUUUCCAUUCUUCUUCAUCUUCAUCCACUAUUCUCUGCCUCCGCUUAUGCUCACUGGACGGUGAACUCUUUGCCCGGAUUCUCAGGGGACCUUCCUUUCUCGCUGGAAACAGGAUACGUAGGAGUUGGAGAUCGGGAGGAGUUUCAAUUGUUUUAUUACUUUGUAAAAACAUAUUCAAAUCCCAAAACGGAUCCUCUCAUUCUGUGGCUUACCGGAGGCCCUCGUUGCUCUUCUCUCUCUGGUCUCGCUUUUGAGAGUGGUCCAAUCAAUUUUGAGGGAGAGCUAAAGGAGGGAAGCCUACCUCAAGUACUCAUAAACCCAUACUCAUGGACUCAGAACUCCAGUAUAAUAUAUCUAGAUUUACCGGUUGGCACGGGUUUUUCAUAUACUAAAACCUCACAAGAUCAUAAAUCAGGAGAUCACGAGCAAGUUCAACAUUCCCUUCAAUUUUUGAAAAAGUGGUUCGAUGAUCAUCCAGAAUUUAUAUCAAAUCCAUUUUAUAUUGCUGGAAAUUCUUAUUCUGGUAUGAUUGUUCCAAUUGUUGCUCUACAAAUUUUAGAAGGAACUUAUAAACAUAUUUUUUCAUUUAUAAAUUUCCAGGGAUACAUACUCGGAAAUCCUUUCACUAUUCCUCAUGCAAGUGAAAAUUUUCGAAUUCUAUUUGCUCGUAAUAUGGCCCUCAUCUCAGAUGAAUUGUAUGAGUCGUUGGAAACUAGUUGUCAAGGAGAAUAUGUAAACAUUGAUCCUAACAAUGUCGAAUGCUUAAAACAUUACGAUACAUAUACAAAGUGUGCUUCUGUAGUUAAACAAGGAUGUAUUUUAUGGCCCAAAUGUCCAUCAUUAAAAGAACCACAGACAAGGUUUGGUCAAAGAAGAUCUCUCAAGAGCAGUUUAGUAGGUCAAAGAUGUCGUCAAUAUGAUGCCAUACUUGCCUACUAUUGGGCUAACAAUGACCAAGUUCGAAAAGCACUCCAUAUACAUGAGGGAAGCAUUGGAGAGUGGAUUAGAUGUCGUGGAAAAGAAUAUUACAAUUUUGAGUUGACCAGUGCUUUUCCUUAUCACGUGAACCUUAGUUCUAAAGGUUAUCGAUCGUUAAUCUAUAGUUGUUUUGAAUAUAGUGGAGAUCAUGAUAUGGUAGUGCCGCAUAUGGAAACUCAUGCAUGGAUCAAAGCUUUAAAUUAUUCUGUAGUAGAUGAUUGGAGGCCUUGGUUUAUCGAUGAUGAAGUUGGCGGAUACACCAGAAGUUUUGCAAAUAAUAUGACAUUUGUAACGGUCAAAGGUGGAGGACAUACACCAGAAUAUUUACGAGAAGAAUCCAGCAUAGUUUUUAAGAGAUGGAUAAUAGGAGAAUCCUUAUGAACUUCAUAUUAAUAAGUAUCCCAUAAUAUUUAUUUCUAUUUAAAUGUGCAACGUUUGUCACCAAUGAUAUUACAAUUUAAACAAAUAUUCCUUUGUGUGUUAAUAAGUUUUAUGAAGAAAAUUUCAAUGUUGAUGUUUGUGUUUCUUAA